ACGGCUUUCGUCAAGAACCUUCCGUUUAAGUGCUCCGAGGAUGAGUUGGCCGCCUGGUUCGACGCGAGGGGCGGGACGGUCACCGCGCGAAUCGUGAGGGACAAGGCCACCGGUCGGAGCCGCGGUUUCGCGUACGUGGAGUUCACCGAGGAGGGCGCGGUGCAGGCGGCGAUCAUGCGGGACGGCGAGGAGUUCCAGGGCCGCGCGCUGA